CCAACCCCCUGCGCGCGCGGGCGUUAACGCGCGUGGGUGCUCCCCUCAGCCCCCCUGCGCGGCCGGUAGCCCCUGCGGCAGGGGCGGGCGCUCGGUCGUGCGCGGCGGGGCCCCCUCAAAACACAGCGAGCUUCUGCCUCCCUCGGCUACUGGCGGGACCUGGGAGCCGCCUGCGGCUCCUCCCCCGGCGGUGGUGGCGGCUGGGCGGUGAGACGGGGCGAGGCGGCGACCGCGAGCACGCAGCGGGGACGGGACCCGGCGCGGAGCCCGAGCUGGUGCUGUGCGGCCGUGGGGCAAAAGCAGUUCCUGAAAUAAGUUACCGCCUCCCUAUUUGUGCUAACGCUGUUGGAAGAGAGAUAACUUUGUUAAAGCGAGGGUUUCCCGCUGUCUACCCAGCGCAGACCUUCUUAGGUGAAGGGACAGUAGAAGUUUUCGUGAGGUGUUUUUUGAGGAGCAGUUUUGAUUGGCCUUUUUGCCCCUUUUUAUUUGUGUUUUACCGGUUGCAGUGCAAGAGUGAUGCUCUCUGGAGAGUUUCUUUGAUGUCUGUGAAGGUUUUAUAUACUAUCAGAAUGCGCUCCAGAUUUUUUUAAUGUGUAUAUUUCAUGCCUUUGGCUGCCUCCUUAUAGAUUUCUCUUGUUAAGUGGGAUUGUCUGAGGCUUUUCAUCCUCUGGCUGCGCUACACAGAGUAAUUUGAUAAAACCAAAAAGAAACAUUGGUGUUAGAGACAGCUAAAGUAGCCUGGUUAGAAAUUUACCAAAUCAAACAGUUCUGUACGUAGCCAGUUGUUUUUAUAUUUGUUACAAUUUACAGGAUUUUUCAGUGGUAAAAUAUUUACACUAAAGCUUGUGCAGAUAUAAUUUACUUUUUUAAUCCAAUAGUUUAAGAUACUUACAGUUGGAAGUAUCUUAACGAAGUUAGAAUUUUGCAGGCUUUGCAUCGACGUCUGAAAAGUCUUUUGUGGAUUUAUAGCUGUACUUUCUGUUUUGAUAAAGUAAGGAUUACAGUUAGGCUGUCCAGAUUUUGGCAACAUAGAUAAGGCAUCUACAUAACAGGUUUCCUUUACAUUACUAGCCUGUGGUUUGAGCUUGACUUCAUAUGGUAAGAAGCUGUAUAUAAUUUGAGUUCAGAUUUUUUCUUUGUCCUGUGCGCUAAUGUUCUCAUAAAACACUGGGACAAAGAGAAUAGGUUUUCCUCUCUUGUCAGCUUUGUGCAUAAGUAUCUCUGAAAGGUCUUCCUCUGAUGUUUUUCUGUCGGUUACUAAGCGAAAGCCAGGCUUUUACAAAUUUUACCUAACCUGACCCCCCCUGCAGUGAGAAAAUCUUGUCCAUUGAAUCUCCUCAAACUGUAGAAAGUUGUCAAGGAGAUGCAGACUGGCGUAAUUAAUUGUAGUUAUUUUCAUAGUCCUGUGCUACCACACUCCUAGCUCAGUUUAAAUGUGCGUAAAUCUGUGUCUAGGGGUGUAACUUACAGAACUGUACUUGCAGAUGAGUGAACUCUCAGUAGAGCAACACCAUUAUUCCUUCAAAUAAGGAAGUAAUGAACUGUAGUGAUGUCUCUGAGAUGAAACUAGAUAUUUAUAUAUUGAGAUGCUGUAAAUCUGGUUUUGGGGCAGUGGAUGGGAAUGAAUGGUUGUGGUGUCCCCUGCUGACUGUCUGACCGUACUGUCAAUGGGGUAGGCUCCUCUGUGGUUGCUACACUCUUACUAUGCUCCACGUUUGUAGCUUUAUCUUAUGUUAUCAAAUCUGGUGUUUUGGUUGGGUGGUUUGUUGUUUUUUUGGUUUUGUUUUGGUUUGGUUUUAGUUGAGAUAAUAAGAUAUUCUUUCUGACCAUGACUGCUGUAAAAGCCCUGCUGUUUUAUAAUGAGCAGUGCUUAGUCAGGGAAAGAGCAAAACAAGUUUAAAGAAAUAAACAACAAACCAUACAUCUGUCAAGCCUGAUGAUGGGAUGAGAAAAGUGUCCUGCACUGCAAACGGCCUACUGUUCGACAUAAUCUGGAGACAGCUUUGGUGGAUGAAGAAGGUUGAUGACUCUAAGAUGUUUGACAGAAUCAAACCAUCUGAUGAAGCUUCUGCUUCUUCAGCACAAGGAAUUGAAAGACAUGGUGUUGAAGGCUCUCUACAACAGGACAGCAAUAGCAGUUUACACACAAGAGGGCAAGAAGAUCCUCGGCCUGGAGUAUCCACUGUGCAAAAUAGACAAGGAUACUGCAACUGUUGCCAUGUACACUACAGUAAUCUGGAACAGCACAUUUUCAGCUCCCAGCACAGGCAUUUUACCACUUACUGUAGGAAUCGUAUGGGUACCAGUAGCUUGAUGGAGCGUUUCCUGCAAGAUGUUUUACAGCAUCAUCCUCACAGAUACCAUGACAACAGACCAACCUAUGACGACAUGCCACUCCCUGUCACUCCAGAGGCUGCUAGGAUUGCUUGUCUGUCCCCGGAAGAGACAGAGAAAAAGAGAAACCAAGACAAACAGGAGAUUUCCGGCAAAGACCAGGAGUCCAUUGGUGAAAUAUGCUCUUCCGUUCCAUGCCUGUCUUGUGAGAGCACAAAGAAAAGUUCUGUAACACAAGCAUUUAUUCAGAAACUAGAAAGACGGCAGGAACAUGUUACAAGAAUAUCCCAGCAGUCUAUGGGCAUUUGUAGCAAUGAGAAAUGGGAUACCCUGAAAGAUGCUCAAAUUGCAAAUCAUAGCUAUGAAGGCCAGUUUAAAACUGUGAUGAGCCCUGUACCUCAGCGUUUUUCUGCCAGUCGUUUAAUCCAUAGUUCUUCUGUUAAUCCUAAAUCAGGAAAAAAUGAUAUGAGUUUGGCAGCAUCAAAUCCGAUUCUGCAUAGUGGAUGUGAUAAAACAGAAAUGGUAUGCAAUAGCGAUGUAUUAAUGAAUCCAUGCUUGAAUCCUGCUUCAACACUGGUUCACCCAAAACACCCUUCAUUUUCUCAUCAGAAUCCUAUGUACAGCCACAACAAUUCUUUACAUAUUACCUCAGGUCAAUCUCUCUCAAAACGAGAUGGUUUACGAACUCAGGAUGAAACUUUGGUGUCUGAUUUCCAUCUCAGGGAUACUGUGGGUAUCAGCAGCUCCCUAGGUCUUGGGACAUCCCCACAACUAGCAAGAUGCAAAAACAUGAAGACGAACAGAGGUGAUGAAAGUUCAGUGGAUGACACUAUUGAAGAUGUUAUUUUGAAAUACUGCCAUGGAACUACAUCUGAAGAAAUUUAUUUCAAAGAGGAGGAUAAUCCCUGUUUAACUCUUUCAUCACUUCUGGACCAUACUCAUUUAGAGGGUUCUGAAAUGAGUUUUGACUGUGAUGCACCUAUUCAGGCAGGAACAGACUUACCUAAGGCAGCUAUAAAAGAUAUAGAAUUCCUAAAAGAGGUCCAAAUAAGUUUGCAAAAUAAAGACUACGGAACACAGCUCUCUUCUGUUUUAAAAAGUGAGUCAGUAGAGCAAGUAGAAGCAGUAAAACAGGAUGUUGUAGUUCAUACUGAAGAACCAGUUCUUCCAGCUCUGCCUCAUGUGCCUCCUUCUUUUGUGGGAAAGACAUGGUCUCAAAUAAUGUAUGAAGAUGAUAUAAAAAUUGAAGAACUUGUGCGUGAUUUCAGGGAAGGUCGUUUUCGCUGCUACUUUGACAGUGAAUCCUCAGCCAACUGUACAGGGAAGAGAAUGAAGAAAAAAAUCCAGAAGGAUGAAAAAAAGAACAAUAUUGUUGAGGGCAAUAGAACAGAAAGUGCAUCAGUUAAAGCAUUGCCAGAAUUUAACGAUGCUUUAAGUGGUGGCUCUGGUUUUGAUAACCCAUCUUUAGCCUCAGAUACACUAUGCAACCCACAAACUCUUAAAAUGCCUAGGAAAAGGACAUGGCGCCUGGCUUCAAGAUGCCAGGUGGUUAAAGUCAGCCAUGGCACCCAAACAAGUCUAUUGAACUACCCUGUGGCAAAAAGAAAAAUGUCUAGAAGGGAAUCUGAUCCAGCUGACCAGAAAGCAAGCGUUGCAUGGCCAGAGAAUGAAAAAACUCCAAACAUGAAAACUAGACUGUGUGCCCUUAAACUUCCUGAGUCUUAUAGCAAGAUUAUGAGUCCUGUACAGCCCAAGACAGUGGUGUAUGUUCUUUCCUGCCCAGAGAUUAAACAGUGUAAAGGUAAACCUAUAGAUAUUCCCAAAAUGAGGAAAAAUCGUAACUCCACAGACAGCAAGGACUCUGUAAGGUAUAAAUACAAACAGUGUUCUUUUAAGUAUUAUGACCCACUGACAAAUAGAAUUCUGAAAACGCCUCCAAAGAGUACAGUUGGAGAAAAGGCCAAAAAGCCCUCCCAUGUUCGACAGCUUUUCAGAAGUCUCAGCUUUGAUGCAAACAUGAGGAAACUAGCUGAUGCACAGAGAGAAAGCACGCUAUCAAAGUCACUCAAUUGGUCAGACUUCUGUAGUUCAUCUUCAGCAUCUUUCCUGCCAGAUCCAGGUAAAGGGAAUGAUGCAGCCUCAAGUCAAAAGGCAGAUGGAUCUUCUGCUUCCACAGAAAGAACAGAUUGUCUGGUAUCUGGUCACUCAGAGAGCUCUUUUAAACACUUGAUCAUUUCACCUUUGAACUCUCACCAGUCUGCGGUAGAAGGAGAUUGUAGAUUAACUCCAUUUAACAGUAAAGGUACCAAAACUCCUCUAACCUCCAUCAGGAGUGAGCGGUUAGAGAGGGAGAAUCCAAAGGCAAUGUGGAAGAGGAAAGAAGGUACUAAUAAAGAACCAGUUUUUUCUAGAAAGGCUGCAGGAUCUAUGUCUGUCAGAUGUACGGUUGGGAGGAGAGGAAACAGAGUAACUGCAGGCAAGCAAACUUCCAGAACUAAAAAACAGCAAAAAGAGGGGGUGAGAAGGAAACUUCGUCCUCGUGCCCAGAAAUCUUCAGUUUUCUCCACCCAUAGGUGCCAGACAAGGAAAACUACAGUGGGAAAGCACCUUAAGAAAGAAAAGCCUGAUGCUAAAAAAUUAAAGGUGAGGAGGAAACCAAAAAGGACCUUUCUGAACUCAACAGUUGUCACAGGGAUUCCUGAAAAGAGGCAGAAGGUGACAUCGGAAUCUUUUCCCAAGAAGCCAGAGCGAGCUUCUUCCAAAGUCAGUAACUGGGAAGUAAGUGGAGAUCGGGGUCACCCUAGCACUGUGAACCGACCCUCUAGAAGAAAUUCUGCUGUACCGUUACUUCGAAACUGUCUUGUUCUACCAGGUGAGAGCUAGCUACCAAAAGAACUUAUGUUUUUAUAGCCAGCACCUGGAAGAAGAUUGAGGAAAAGGGAACAAAAGGAGGUCAUAGACAAAGCAGUUGAAGUGCUAGAGCUGCAGAAAGUACAAAGCCAGGCUAAUGUGAAACAAGUACGUCUGUAAACUCAGCUCUUGUUCCUGGAAUAUGGGGACAUAAUGUAUUGCACUGUUCUACUGUGUAAAGCUGCAGAAGUUGUGCAUUUGAGUUAAAAAGCACUUAGAAUCCUAGUUACCAGACUUCACCUGUACAUUAGAAAAAUGGGCUUGAAUAGUAUCAUAUUGUUUUUAUGGUAUUAUCAGUGCGUAAUAGUGCACUAUAAUAAGGUAAAUUAGAAGCUGUAUUAAUUAAUUGUGCCUAUUCUUAUUUUUCCACACAACUCUAAAGUGCAAAAAAUGACUCGAUUGUUGUGCUAGAAAUUAAAUGAAGAUAAUAUUAAUCUGGGCUGAAUUCUGUGUAUGUAUUUUGUGUUUGUGUAUAUGCACACCUCCUUCAACACAUAAUAUAUACUUGCCUAUGGAGUGGCAUUAAAACUGAUACAGUAUGAUACAAUUCAGAUCAAUUCAGUGCUUUCUUGAAAAGAAAUAUAAUUGUACAUGUUUUUAUAUUGACUUUUUUCCUGAAACCAUGUCCAAAGCAGUUAUUUUGGAUAAAAAGUCACUGUGGGCUCUGAUUAAGCAAUAAUGGACGAUGCUGGUAAGGAAAUAUGUCUCUAGGGCACUGUUCAAACGGUGGUGACUAAAGUGAAAUAUCAAAUUCCAAAACAAAUAUAGCCUUAGGGUUUGGGUUGGUUCUUUUUUGUUUGUUUGUUUCUUUGUUUUUUAAAUAGCCUAUUGAUUACAUUUAUAGGGUCACAUUCCUUAGUGGGGGGAUGGAAAAGUUAUAAUACAAACAAAUAGCAGUGAGUUGUUCUAGAAUUUCAACCUUAAAUUUGAGAUUGUGUGGUUUUUUUAUUUUAAUUUGGUGUACUGUUGGUUACAUUUUUAUGUACUGUAGUUGAAACUUUCUUUUUAAACUUUCAGUAAAAUAUUUAAAUAAACCUAAAGCAGCAUCCAUCUAAAUGUACUAGACUUCAAAUAUCUGUUGAAACGGAUAUUUAAAUAUCUGCUUAAAAUAUUUAGUUGAAUUAAAAUUAUAUUCCAUAGUGAUUCAUGUUUGGCCACUGAAUGCACUAACUACUAUUAUUUUAUGGCAGAAAAGACCAGUGUUUUUUGGUUUGUUUUAUUUUUUUCAUUUGUGUUUUUUUAUUUAGUAGUUAUUAUGAUGACAGCUUAUUUAAUGUGUUUAGGAAAUAUAAACUCCAGUCUUGCAGACGUUUCUGUGCUUUAAAAUCCAAGAUUAAUUGUUCAUUUGUAUUAAUUUAAGCAUAUAGUUAAACAUCAUCACAACUGGGGCUCUGGAUUGUAAAUCUGCAAUUUGGUUUAUUAUAUAACCUAUCUUUAAAGGUCUUUGCAAAUUCUGUUGUUGUACAAUACAUCUUCAGAACACAAGAAUGACAUAGAAAAGACCAGACCCUGUGCUCUCUGCCAUUGAAUGUAAUAUCUGUGCAUUUUUCUGUGAAAAAACAAAAUCAUUCUUGAUUUGUUUUCUGAAGUGUCAAGGGUCACUGGUUUGGAUUGAGAUAAAGGUGGACUUUGAAGUGUUUUAUUUUAAUAUACAGUAUCUGAAGGAAAUAUAAAAGCUGUCAUCAUAAACCACUUGUUCAAAAAAUAUUUUGGGGAUUUUUUUUUAAUGUAUGUGCAUAUUUCCCAGAAUAAAUAAAAGAUGUGCAUGUACUUAAGCCAGCUGGAAACUAAGUUCCUUUGCAAGUCAAAUAUGGUCUGACAGAUUUUUGAUGUUUUUUUUUUUAAUUUAUUUUAUUUUUGAAGUAAAAGUUGAUUUCUAUGGAUAAAUUUUCCUAUGGUUGUCAGUAGACACAGAAUCUUAUGACCGUAUUGCAAGUCACUGGAAAAGGAAGGGUUAUAAUAUGAGUUCUUAUAGCCCUCUUAACUAAUUGUGCCUGUAUAAUUUAAUAUUUUGUCUAAUAUAAAACUGAUUUUUUUAAAGCAAAGUUUUAAAGGAAUGGUUUUUAUAGAAAGGCUAAUUUUUAGAUAAAGCAAAAGAAGAUUUUUAAAUAAAGUUUGUUUUAAAGCAAAGCUUUAAAUUAACUCUAUAGAUAAGUCCCAUUCUAACAUAUUUUUAUGAAACAAGAAUGUUUUCCUAUCUAACUUCUUCCAUCCUAUUUUUCACAAUAUUGUACACAUGAAGAGCAUGAUUUGUUUUGUGUGUGAAUAAGAUUUAAUACACAUUGUACUUUAACAUCACUAGUGCAUAUUUGUUUACAGCCAAAAAUACUGUUCUCCAUACUCAUUCAUUGCAAGCUUGUGUUUCUCCAGCACACAAUUUUUCCUUGAAACCUUGAGUAAUAAAAAUAUCUUGACUGUAGAACGACUAAUAUUUUUAGCCUGUAAUGUUUUGGGGUUUUUUUGUUUUUGUUUUUGUUUUUUUUUGUAAAUAAUGGGCCCCCUUGUCAGGGUGAGUUUUUUAAAAGGAAAAAUGUAUUAUAUUUAAAUAAAAAUGUGAGUAGCUAUAUAUUUUCCUUAAAAAAGAAUUUUAAAAAAGAAAAAGUAUGAAAUGUAACAAUUUUUUAAAAAAUCAGACUUGGGGUACAAGUCUGGAAGCAUUUCUGUGGUUGACAAUGUCAAAAUAAAAUUUAUUGUAAGCUGGGAUGUUAUUCUACACCUCACUUCUGACUAUUUAGAAACCUCUUCUGUGCAUGCUCAAUGACUACUAGGCGAAAGGGGAGAUUGUGGUAGGAGAAGUAAAUGUAGAAACUGCUUUGUAAAAAGAAUUGAUGAAGAUGCGUACAAAACAGAAAACUGCAGAAACGCUCAAAAUACCAUGUGCAUGAAGGAGAAAUGAGAAAUUUUCUGGGGUCUUGAGGAAUUAGUCAAACACUUUCCUAUUAGAUAAAUAAUACAAAUUCUGCUGCUAUUAGUGGACAGCAUGUUGCUUCAUUAGCAGCGUGGCUGAAACUUUAAAACGUGAUUGUGAAGUCUACACCAGUGGAAAACUUGAGAGCUGAAAUACUUUCUCACUGAAAUUGAUGGGAGGCUUGGUUGGAUUGGGAUGGGAUGGGGUUUUUUAAUUUGUUUUUAACAUUAGUGGACAAAGAUGUUUGUGGGUACGUUUGCAGGUCUUAAUCUAGAGAAGCAAGAAAAGAUAACUGGAUUAAAGAGGAAUAAAGUAAUGCUUUUUAAAUUAAUUGGCAGCAGCUAGAUGCAGGAUAUUUUAUAAUAGUUGAGAAAAAUGUUAUCAUUUAUUCUUCUAUGCAUAUGUAAUUUUGACCUUCUGCAAGUUCAUACUUAAGUUUUUUAUACAGUUCAUAAUUUAAAAAAAAUCUCUUCCCCCACAAAUUACUCAUUCCACCUUUUAAAACAAUCUCAAUUCUAAGCAGCUUGAUUUUUAUUAUUUCCUUGUGUUGUGAACCUUGAGUGUGACCCAGACUCACAGCGUGCCAGGUGCUAACCAAACAGACUAGCAAGUCCCCCAAACUUUACAUGUCUGACACUUGCACCCAGCAGUUCUUGAGUUCCUUUUCUGAUAGGAUUCUUUGGUUUCUCGUUCUUUCUGACAACUUUGCAUCCAAUGUUCUUGUAAUUGUAGUAUGAAAGUGCUCCUCUCUGCGACGCAGAUAAAACGAUGUAUUUAGUUGUAUUUAUAAUGAGACUAUGACUUAAUCUGAAGUUGUGUUUAAAUUUCAUGCUAAAUUUGUGCCCAAAUGAGAAUAUGUGUUUUUGUGGCUUUGAUGUUCUUGUAAUUGGUAAUGUAUUUUGCAAUACCCUUGCUUGAUGCUGUAAUUUUUUUAUCUGCUUCUCUGUCUCUACUGUCUGUGGUCAUUUGUCACAAUGUGACUUUGUAAGAAUACAGUGAUACUACAAACUUGUCCGAUGCUGUUGUUGGAUGUUCUUUGUAUUUUCAGCUUAUUUAAUUUCAGAUGUAUUGUUUCCAUGUUUUUCCUCAGUCGUGCAUUUGGAUCUUUUUUUUUACGUCGUGAAGAACUAAAUUACAGGACAGGCUAUUCUGUUUGGAAGUAAAUCGGUGACAGGUGACAGAAGUGGAUGGUGUCCUGAUCUGAAGUGCAGAGAACAAGCUGCUCUAGGUGCUCCUGUGCUUGGGAGUCCACUUACUUCCCUGAGUAGUGCGAAAUGAUGAUUCUUGAUUUCUUUAGCUGUCUCCCUUUCUCUUUCCCUUAGGGAACUCUCCCUGAGAAGGGAGUCAUCUGAAUUCAUACUUAUUCUGGAAAUUGGGGACAGAUAAAAGUAAAAUAUAUCUCACUUGCUAAUGCAAUUAAAAUCCCAGAAUUUUUAUCUGCUAUGCAUUCCUGAUAAUCUUUUCCAGAAAAGUUUGUAGUAGCAUAGGUCUGAGCAUGCCCAGAAGCAAAGGUUUUGUUCUUUGUUUAUGUUUUGCAGUUAUGAAUUUAUUCAUUCCUUCAGCAGAACAAAUCUUGUUUUAAUAAAAUAAAGACUGAAUUUGUCUUUUUGUAGUUUCUUUAUUCUUGACAUGGAAUUUAACUUGAAACUAUUUGCUGUAAUUUGUUGUGGAAAGAACACCACAGAAUGCUAUGGAAUAAGCUAUUACGGUGAAAAUUAAACAGCUGUUCACAACUGUAUGAUGUUUUGACCCAGUGAAGUCUUCUGUUGACUUCAGUGAAGCCAAGAUACAUCCAUCCUGUGGCAACUGAAACAGGGAUAUCCUAGGAUGGCAUUGAAAAAGGGGAUGUAUUUUAGAUGCCUAAUUGUAUUUUGGCAGCAGGAAACCAAGAAGCACCAACCACAUGGCAAGCAGUUCCUUGCAGAACUUACUCAUGAACAGUUUUUUCACAAUGUGCACUUAAUAAACGAGGGAGGUGGCUGGAAGUAUCAUAAUGUUAAGCAGCUUUCUACUUUAUGCAAAAUGGAUUGGCUUCUCUGUAAUCAUAGACCAAAUCAAUCCUGAUUAUGAUCUUACAAUGCACACAGAACUGUCUUCAAAGCUGCAAGCAAAAAUACAUUUAAGGGACUGUCUGGUAAAUAGAAUACUAGAAUAUCUUGACCAAUAGAAUACCCUGUGUUAGAACACCUUGUUCUUUAAAUUUAGUGGUCAUUUGCUGUUUGCAAGUGUAACCAACGUGAUCUUUUGCAGGAGCGAUGCACACAGAUGUGCUAAAUGCUAAAAGGCAUAGGCAUAUUGUUUCCCAAGGCUUCAAUGCGUCAUAAAAUUUCAGGACAUGCUUUGCAUUUUUUAAUCCAUACUUGAAGAUAGCUAUGUAUUAUGUAGUUGGCUGAAUGAAGUUACUUCUGUGCUGUCAAAUAAUAAUUCAUUAAAGACACAUCGUUCAACCAUCUAUACUUGGAGUUGCAAAUGUGAUACUGAAAGCAAAUUUUAAGUCUGGUAAUUGCAUCUUUCGUGGGAAAUAUAGGCAAUUAAUGAUACCCUUAUGGAGUGUCAAGGACAGUGGAGGUCCAGUUCAAGUUGGAAUAUUUGAGAGUUAAGAUUAAAUUAACAGCGUGGUUUUAGUUGCCUUUGGAUUCAUUGGAAUCGGUGGUUUGAGGUGCAGAAUUAUUGUGUUUCUGUGGUCCUGGAAGCCAUAAUGAUUUUCUUGAAGUGCAGAAGUGUCGUUUUUGAUGAAACACAUGAACACAGAUCAUUAUUACAACCUAUGUGAUUUAACAGCGAUUCUAAACCUAUGGUUUUUCUUUGUCUGUUCCUUCCUUAAGGAAAGCCGAAAAACAGUUCUUCCCAAAUACUAGCAUUCAUAAACAGGUUUUUAACUCUCUCACACCCUGAAAUAAAAAUAUACUUUAGCGUACUAAAGCUGGUCGGCUUUUCCUGUUUGCUGCGUCGUACUGUGUUAAUGUUGGUACUGGUGCAACUGAAAAUGUUGGUUAUAGCUUACUUGGUCAUUAUUAGUAUUGCACACGCCAGUUGCAGAAUCAAAAUGCACCCUUGCGAGCUCAUGCAGAGAGUUGAGACACCGUCUGCUGGGCUGGAGUUUGUGCUGCAAGAAUUAACGGUGAAGGGGGUAGGCGUAGUCCUCGGCAUGCGUAUUGCAUCCCUUGUGGAUGCAAUGCACGUGCAGGACUUGCUUUUUAUUACACUGAAGGUUUAAGAUGAAGAGGGAGGUGAGGAGUAGGACUUAAAGAUGUAGUAUACGUUGGAACUAGACUAAUGGAUAUUCAGUUUUGGUUCUUUUUUUAGUAUUCAUCUCUGUUUUGUCUGAACCUUUGCAAACAGUUGUCAAAAUUCAUCUACUUCCUGUGGUGGUUCAGCUCCGAUUCCAUCAUUCUUUUUUCUGGUAAAUUACUUGUAUUUGCUUAAUACACAGAUAAUAUUUCUCUUUACUCCUGCUUGUUUUGAUCCUUUUAGCUACUGCUAAUAGGGGAAAAAUUAUUAUAACAAAGACUGUGCACUUGCUUCUUUUAGAAGGCUAAAGAGAAAAAUUGUAAGGCGGUAUGUGACUACCAGCAGAAUUCUCAAACACUGAAAGGAGCUCUGUUAAUGUUCUGAUCUAAUGAUGACUAAUCAAUCAGUUGCCCAAAUGAUGACGGAAACACUUGUGCUUUUGUUUUUAAUGGCAUUAGACUCAAUCUGUAUACAAUUAAAAAUAAACAUACUGACUUUUUGGUAACAUGUUUUAUGGAUUUCCAAAUGUGUUUAACGCCUU